AAAAAAAAUAAAAAAAAAGUGUUGAAAACUGAUAUCUUGUCAUUUAUUUUACCAAUAAAAUUUUGAGUAGAAAUAAAAGGAAGAUUGAAAAUCAAAUAUAAAAAUAAUAAUAACUAAAAAAGAAAACCAGAGAGGCUUUGGUGAAGAUUGAACCCAACCCCACAAAAUCCAAAUUUCCGCCAUUGAAACAUCAGUACCAUACAAUUCAACACUACCUCUCUGCAAAUAUAUUCCCUAAUUUUAGCGAGAAAAAAUCAUGUAGAGCAAAAAAUAAAAUAAAAUUGAAAAUGUCAGCAGCCCCUUCGGCUUCUUCUUCUUGCCUCAACACUCCAUUUAUCUACCGCCCACUCAAGCUUUCUUCCUCAUUUCCUUUUUCGAGAAAAUCCCUGAAAAAUUCACGAUCUCCAGCUUCGUAUCCAUGCGUCAGGGCUGUUGACCUCGAUCAGAACACUAUAGUGGCAAUCACAGUUGGGAUUGCGAGCGUUGCAGUUGGGAUAGGAAUUCCUGUCUUCUAUGAAAAUCAGAUUAACAGUGCUGCCAAAAGGGAUAAUACUCAGCCAUGCUUCCCCUGCAAUGGCAGUGGCGCUCAGAAAUGUCGAUUUUGCAUGGGAACCGGGAAUGUGAGUGUCGAGCUAGGUGGGGACGAAAAAGAAGUCUCGAGAUGCAUAAAUUGUGAUGGGAAUGGUUCUUUGACGUGCACCACUUGCCAAGGCAGUGGCAUUCAACCUCGCUACCUUGACCGAAGUUUACGAGUCAUCCGUGGAUCAAGAGUGUUUUAUGAUAGAGCUUUGAAAUGGGAGUUGAGCAAUAGCAUGAAUCAAAAAAUCGAUGUGGGAGGAGGAAUCGUGACGGCGGCAACGCUAAUGUUCAUGGCGGCCAUGGCGCUUAGGUAUGCGGCAGCGGCGGUGUUAACAUUUGUUUUCACUUUUCAGAAGUCUCCAGCUCCUAACAUUGUAUUUCCAAACGUGCAUUCCCUUUAA